GCCGACGUCGCGACGCCGUCGCUAGCUGCUCGUCGCUCGCUGCAACGCGCGCUCUCAGCCUCACGCCGCGAACGCGACCACUCUAUCCGCCUCGCGUCUCGCCACCUCGCACCUCGCGCCUUGCGCCUUGCACGUCGCCGCCUCCGUCGCCAACCGCCGACCGUCGAGUGAACAUGUUUUAACUUUAAUCGUCAAUAGUGCUACGGAACACUAAGUGAACGUGUAUAACUAUUUUAUACUUCGUAUAUUUUUUAAAGCGAUCGUCAUCAUAUUUCGAUCACAAUUGACUGACUGCGGUGAGUGAUACCGUGCGUCAGAGCGCGGCUCGCGGCAUGGAGACAGGGGCAGCCGCCGAAGAAUUCAUCACUAUAGUACCGGUGGGCGAGGGUAAGCCUGCCGUGAAAGAAUCGGCGUUUGUUACAGUACUAUCAGUCGGUGCAGCGGCAGGCGCCGCUGAAGUUGUAGUGCAGAGACCGCGCGGGGCGCGGCUAGGUCUCGGAUUGAAAUUUGAAGGAGGUUCUGCUGCCGCCGAAAAAGUGCGUAGACUUCUUGUACAGUCAUGUGCUGAAGACAGUCCCGCUGCUAAUGCAUGCACCCCUUGGGGUAAACUCAUACCGGGAGAUGAGAUAUUGGCAAUUGAUGGUGUAUCUGUGUCCGAUCUAACUAGAAUAGAUUGCGUUAGGCGUUUGAAGGAUUCGGAUGAGACUUUAAAGCUCUUAGUCCGACAUUUUGAUCCUAAUGAAAAUUCAGAACAAUUUAAAAUGGACCCUGUUGAGGAGCUCUUAACUAUGAGUCAAAAUACAGAUAUAAGUAUGCAAACUACAUUACCACCUCCAGUUCCUCCCAGGAAACUGGGGAAGAAAAACUCCUUCAAGGACAAACAAACCCUACAAACUGUCGGUGAACAAAAUGCACUAGUUAGCAUUGAUGACCAUAAACAGUGUUCUAAUGAUAAGGAAUGUUCAGUAACAAGUCAACAUGUGAUUUCUAACGUAACUAAGUUGUCAAGAAAGUCUUCAUUUGAUAGUCAUAUUCAUCGACAAAAUAAGGAAGGUAUAACAUAUUUCAAAAAAGGAUCGCCAGAUGAAGUAAGGCGUUUAGUUCGGAGAUUGUCCGAUGGAAAAGUAAUGCCGCCUGAAGCAGAAGUAUAUAUUGACUUACUCUCGAACGAGUGGGAACGGUGUUUGGUUAUGGCCGAUGCAGAAUCUGAUGAUACAGGUAGUUCAAUAUCCACUGUGGUAGACAGACUGGGAUCAAUGGCAAGUUCUGUUGAAAAUAGUAUACCAUCAACUCCAAUAAUGCAGCCUAAGGCUUUCGAUAUACAAAAAGUUUUAAAUUGUAUUGAAAACAUUGAUUCAAAUAUAUUAAAGGACAUGACGAAUGGCAGAUUUAUAGAAAAUGAGAUCGAUUUAAAACAAGAAUUUAAAAAACUAGAAAAUAAUACUAAUGGGUUUAGUGUCUCAGAAAAAAAUCCUCAAAAUAUCCAAAUAAAAGAAGACACCAAGAUACAAUCAAGAAAAGAUAUCCAGAUGAACGAUAGAAAUAAUAAUUAUACUGUGGCACCUUGCAAUCUGCCAAAAGGAGAAAAUGCAGAACCCAAUAAAAAGGACCAAGCAGAUACGAAACAAGAAAAUAUGGCAGAAAAACCCAAACCUAUGCCAAGAAAUACGAAAGUUGAGCGAUCUGCUAGUGAAAAGAAAAGAAAACCGAUUCCGAUUCCCGAAACAUUGACUCCGCCAGUUCCCGAACCUCUGCUGACUCCUACUAAAAAGACAUGCAUAGAAACAUGGUUGCAGCGAUCCGAAGCCGAAAUGAAUAAUAAGAUAGAUGACAAGUUUGAUAAAAACAUAGCACCUGAAGCUCUGCCGAGGCUCAUUGAUUUUGUUCCAAAGACUCAGUUUAAAGAAAAUUCAAACGAAGCGCCAGUGUGUACACGGCCAACGACAGCUCCGCCGCCGCCGCCUGUUGAAACAAGGGAAGAUGGCUCUGGUGCCUCUCUGGAUACCAUCGGCGAGUUGGAUGAAUCCGGUGAUGUGACAGACAAUGCGAAAAGCGUAAAGAAAGAUGAAACGAAAACUCGAAAAUCUUCGUUUGAAAGAAACUUUUGGGAAGAUCGCAUCCACAAGAGUGACGCAGAAGAUAAAAGUCUUUCAAACGAUGAAACACCCCUUCCUACAUGUCCACGGCAACCUCCCGAUGGAGUAGAGACUCCCUCUGAUGCGGUAGACAAGGCUCCGGAUUUGCCAACGAGACUGCCACCUCGACUUCCACCAGCUCUGUAUACUGGAACGACGCGUCCAAGAUUAUCAUAUUUAUCAAGAACACAAGAUGCCAGGAGCGAAGCAAGCGUUAAAGAUAAAAUUGCCAUGUUUUCUAAUGACCUCGCAACUUCAUCUGAUCGCCUGGAUAAGUGUGGCACACUACCAGUUAGAACUAAGUCAACAUUAAGAAAAAAUACACCAUCUUACUCAAAUAGCUUUUCUGAAGUGUCUACAUUAGACAGACGUUUGACAAAGUCUACUGAUAAUUUGGACGAUACGCCCCGAUCUUAUAAGAGACAUACAGAUCGACCAGAAGUGCUUGGAGCACUCGAAAUAAGUAACACGGAAGUUAAAAAUAGUCGAUUUUCACAUUCCGAGCUUACAAAAAUGCCCCUAUUCUACGGUAGUACAACGACUUUACCGUCGUCUGUUGAUGCAUCUUUCAGUCGUAGUGUAUAUCACAGUCGAAGUGUAAGUGAUGAUACUAGCAACAAAAAUGUAACCGCUCACAAACUAGAACAUAUUAUAGAACAAAGAAAAAAAUCAUUAUCAAAGCUUCGUGGACUUGUUAUCCCAGAAGUUCACUCCCAAAUCAUUGACCUACCUGAAAUAAAAGUAAAAGAUUUCAUCUCUAAACCGUUCAUUUUAAAAUAUAAUCACAACGAUACGUAUAAAAAAGAUAACUUGACUAUGACAAGAUCGUUAAGUGUAAACGAAAACAAAUGGAAAACUAAUUUCUUGCCAAAUAACAUACCUAAAUACUCACCUGCUUUCAAACGAAAAUCCUUGCAAGUGUAUAGUCCCUCAUCACUUUCUAAGGAAUCUACACCGGAAAGAAAAUUAAUAGAGAGAAUCGACGUUCAAAAUAAGACAUAUAAUAAGCCAAGUCUUGCAAAAUCUAUGAGAAGUACAUUGGAAUCGGGAAGCCUUUUGCAGUCACCUAUUAAAGACUACAAAAAUACUUUAAGUGACAUUCGUGACUACAAGAAUGUUGAAAUCAAAAUAUGCACCACAACCGAAAUUGUUGACAGUGACAAUGAGUCUGCAUUGAGUUCAGCCCAGUCAAGUUAUCGAUCGUCAGCGUCCUCACCUAUGCAUCACGUUGACGCUAUAGAAUCGGAUAGCUCUCGCCUUUCCCCAAGAAUUUCAAACUACACAUCUUACUCCCUCGUUAAGUCAGAAAUUUCUUCUAAAUCUUCCAAUGCAGAGAAGAAUUGCGAGGAAUUUAUCAAACGCAAAGUUUGCCGUUCUGUAUCUUCAGAUACUAAUAUAUCCCUUAGUUCUUCGGCAGGAUCUGCCGCCACUUCUGGAUCACAAGCGAGCUGCAGUUCGCUUGAGAGUUCUGUUGCUGACUCAGACAAGAGAAAAGUUUCAAAAGUCUACAACGUAGAUACCAUUAAUAGAAGAAAUAUCUUAGCUUCAGCAAAAUGCAGGAGCGGAAGAGAUAUAAAUCUAAAAUCACCCGUUGUUGAAACGAAAUUCUCCCAUGAGUCUUACAACAGAUCUCCUAGUCCUACACUGAAAUCGUCUGAACGUCUUUCUACACUCACAUCUUCGGUGAGUGCUAUAACGAAUAAAGGCGAGACCAGACGACGUAACAAAGUAAUUGCGGAAUCCGAUUCUGACACCGACAACGAUACUCAUGCCCGAAACAGGAAAACUGAGUACAAAGCUUCAAGAUUGAAACGAAAUUCAAGUAUUUCUAAUAAGAGUAAGCAACAUGAAAACAGCUAUGAACCUUCAAAAGUUGAGGAGGGAUCUAAACUUAGCAAAGAAAAAAAUAUCCAAGAAUCUAAAAAGGCAAAUUCAGAAUAUUCCAAUGAACAUAAAUCAAAUAAUUUAGCCACAUACACUCAAUCAGUGCAGAGAAACAAUGAUGUUCAGAAAAGGAAAGAGAUUGAAACCAUAACAUCAAAGAAAACUGUUACUAGCAAUAUUGAUGCUGUCGAUAAUGUGAAGCCUUUGUUGGCUUAUGAAAAAUCUGAUAUAACUAUUAAUAAAAAAGAAGAAGUCAGUAGUAACAAAAUUGACAGCAAAUCUAAUGACCAGCCCAAGAUUUCAACUUCUAUAAUCAGGCUGAAGAAAGCAGUUGGUUCUGGCGUAGGAGUUAUACUGGCUGGGGGCACGGAUUGUGAAGCGAAGGACGUUACGGUUCAUAGAGUUUUGGCUGAUAGUGUAGCAGCUAAAGCAGGUCUAAAGAGAGGAGCAAAAAUUAAAGCUAUCAAUGGAUGUACUAUGACAGGUCUUACACACGCGCAGUCAGUCACAAUUCUUAAGGAACAACGUACAGAAGUAAUAAUUGAAAUUGAGAAUGAAACCGCAGUGAACGAUAGUAAAACGGGAUGCGGCUCUGAAAAAGCGGAGUCGAAGGAUCGUCAGAAGAGAGAUGAAGUAUCUGUCAAAGAAGAUAACAGCUCCUGUGAUGUAGUAACUGUAAUUCUGGAGAAGGCCGGCGGUGGCACAGGACUCGGUUUCGGCUUGGACGGUGGUCGGGACUCGCCGCACGGUGAUCGGCCUUUGACUAUCAAAAAACUGUUUGCAGGUGGCGCGGCUGCUCAAAGUGGACGUAUUCUAGUCGGUGCAGAACUUCUCUCCGCUGGGGGGCAAUCUAUGGAGGCAUUCACACGAACCCAAGCUUGGGCAGCUUUGAAAUCAUUGCCCGCCGGACCUGUUGCCUUGGUACUAAGAAACCCUAUGGGUAUUAAAGCCUAACGUUAGUUUAAAAGAACAGUUUUUUGGAUGUAUUAUAAGUACGCGUAGAUAGUUCAACUUAAUUUAGUACUCGGUGUGUGUAAAUGGACCUAAAGUUCCAUGCACUAUGAAAAGUAGACCUAUCUACGUAGUAUAUUAUGAGUGGAGAUUGAUUGGAUCAGUAGCCCAAGGCGAAUGAAUGUGAUGAUGCCUGAAAGAGGUAGUAUUUUGAUAUUUAGGCAUAGUACUCUUGUUAUUCUUUUUUCUACAAAAACAAUAAAAGUUAUAAACAAUAGAUUAAGUUGAGGUAUAAUAAUUUUGAUAUUGAAAGCAACGACGAGUAAAUAACUUGUUACAUGCAUUAGUCAGUAUUGUUUAGAAUUUUGUAAAUAGAUUACUCUUUACAAUAU